CCCCCCCCCGGCCGCCGUCAGUUGCGUGCAGCGCUUUGGCCUGAUCAGUUCGGGCCAGGCCCCAGUCAGGGUACUCUUUGUGAGAAUAGUCGCAUCGCACUCGCCCCAAGUCGUGUGUGGGCAGGUGCAUUUCAGCCAGCAUAAUGCAGCAAAGCAAGAAGCAGAAGAAGGGUGACGUGGUCAGGCUGCAAGAGCGAGGGAAGCUCGAUGCGCUGGCAGCACCACUUGGUAUUGUAGGCUUCUCCUUGAUUGCCUGAAACUGUUUCCUCUGACAUUCCCUUCACGGACAGAGGUGAUUGCAGACAUCCUCAACACCACUCUCCCCCUGCACAACCAUGUCGACAAGACCACCAUCUUCAAUGUGAUAGACAAACUUAAAAGCACAAGUACUGAGACGGCAGCAUUUGCUGGGGUCAAACGACCGUCGGUGGAGGAGCUAGCCAGGAGCAGAACUAGUCUGUACGUAGCGUUCCCUCGUCCAGUGACGUGCCUGCUGUGUCUAGAACAGUCGCUGCAGUGGCUUCUGAACAGCAAGCCUAGGAGGCCGUUUUAUUUUCCCGAUGACAGCGCGCCCAGCAGAGGCAUCAUCCAAGAAAAGUUCUGUCCUGGUUGCAAUACGAUGUACUCUCUCAAUUUCUACAGCCCUCAGAACUCAGGGGUGCGGAGACCGUAUCCCACCCAGUGGGAUCAUUAAGCAUGGAUGGAGAUAUCAGCAGAGACAGUGAUCGCCAGAGGACUACUGAAGCGCCAUGACAGCAAACUGUACCACAUGCAUGCUACCUUCGUUUCUGCUGUCAGGGCGCACGACGACAUGUUCGACCUGGAGCGCUUUUCUGAAGACCCAGGCGCUGCUCUGAACGUGAUGCAGAACAGACACGUGCUCAGGGGCAGUCUGCACAGGGAUCGGUUUGAGCGAGGGUAUCUUCAGUACUGGGCUAUCCGCUUUUGUCAAGAGCACUGUCCUACAAUGUUGUCUGAGAUAGACCUUUGCCAGCCCAUUGACACCAUCUUGAGCCAAAUCAACGACCCUUUCUGGUGCCAGCUGCGAGACGAGGCCCUAGAGCACUCCAGACGUUGCGACAAUCCGCUCUGCGGCAGAUACGCCCAUUUCGAUGGCAACGCAAAGGUCUUCAGGAAAUGCUGCCGGGGGGGCGGACGAGGGGAGCUGGAGGAGGCGGCGGCGGGAGGAACGGGGGAGGCAGCAAUCGUGAAAGGGGUGUCGGGGAAGUGGAAUCUGGAGACUGGGCCGGUGUCCCUUCGCACGAGAGGGAAGCGCAGGCUGCUUGAAAACGACGACCUGUACGAAGUCGAGCGCAUCGAGAUGUCCAUGAUCAAGAAUGGGAUGAGCUUCUACAUCCUUGUGCUCGUCCCAAUUUACCUCAUCAAAUGGAAGGGGUACCCGUCAUCUGAGAACACAUGGGAACCGGAGGACAACCUGACAGUUGUGGGCCGUGAGAUGCUGGAUGAGUACCUGCGCACUCAACCCCAAGGCGACUUCUACACCCGGGACCGCGCUGACCACGAGCCAGACCUUGUGGAAGACGCCGAGCCCGACGCCCCACGCUGCAAGUCAAAACUCGUGUCCUGCACUCCCCGCACCAGCUCGGACGGGCGGGGUCACACUGCGGGGACUCUGGUCGCUUUCUGGGCGUGUUGCUAUAUGUUCCCGCCCCUGGAGAUGAUUCUAUCGGAGUCCACGAACCUAGUUCACCACUACAUGAUGCUGCUCUUCGCUCACGUCCAUCUCCCAGAAUUCGUGGGGAUGGACGACAUGUGCCACUGGGCUCGGUUCGCCGCAAGCGGCGACAGACCGCAGCUCUGCGAGAAGACGCGGGAAUUUCACGAAGAAACAAAGAAAGUCGGUGAGGCCUGCAAGCGUACCAAGUGUGCCUAG